AUGGUCGAUAGCGGCACUGAUGAAACGAGGCAAGCAGAAGCUGCAAGGCGCGGGCGAAAGCUGUUUGGGCGAACACUCAUCAACAUAUUCCAGCAGGAGUUGACGGAGCUGUGCUCCACGCUAGAAGCCAGAGAUUGUCGGCACGUGCGGUGCUUGCGACCAAAUGAUGAACAGAAACCCCUGUUCUUCGAUGACAAGUCCAUGCUGCGCCAGUGCCGCUACAGUGGCUUGCUUGAGGCCACGCGCAUCCGAAGACAGGGCUAUGCUCAUCGGCGGUCACUCUCGCACUUUGCUUCCAGGUACGCUCUUCUGCUGGCUCCGGAGGCACGACGAAGAGCCCGCCAGGUGAUGGCCGGCAGCUUGAAAGCCUGA